CUCCGAGAUCGUUAGCCCCACUCGAUACCGCGAUCUCAUCGCAUACCUGGGCGCGGAAGAGAUGGAUUUCAACAACAGUGCAGCCGCCUGCCUUAUGAGAACCAGCCAACUCGACGCAUUCGGCCCUUUGGCAACAGCAAACAGAGCCGCUGUACCCUUGGUGAGCAAUCAGCACCCACUCCCAAUCGACAACUCACAUUCACCCUCGGCCGACACGACCUGCGACCACCUCCUCAGCACCUCACCAUUCAUCUCGUUCCCCAGGACGACCAGACACCUGAGCCCCGUCAGGCCCUGCACAUCGCGCUCGAACACGCCCUGCAUCUGCGCCCGCGCGGCGCGCGUCGAGGCGAGGGCGCGCCACCACGCCUGGAUGCGCACUGCCGCGUCGCUCCUGCGGCGCAGCUCCGAGCGCUCGAGACGCCGCGCCUUGGCCUGGUCGGUGAUGGACGCGAGCGUGGACACGGACGACGCGCCGCCGAGGUUGAUCUGCCGCCGUCCUUCGCUGCCGAAUAGAGGGAUCAUGGGUGUAGCGGCUCAAGUGGGUGAGUGGGUAGGUGGGUGUGGGAGAGGACGUGCUAUGCUAUGCGUGCGUGCGUGCGUGCGUGGGGGCGUCAAUCGAGAAAUGAGAUCAGACUCGACGCGCGUCUGUCUGCUC